GGAGCCUGACAGCCCCCAAAACGCUGCAAGAGGUGCAGGUUCCCCUGAUAGACAGAGACACCUGCAACAGCCUCUUCAACACCGGCUCAUACCCAGACGACCCUCAGGGGAUUGAUCCCAUCAAGCAGGAUAUGAUCUGCGCAGGGUAUCCGCAAGGGGAGAAAGAUGCGUGUCAGGGCGACUCUGGAGGACCCUUGGUCUGCGAAUGGGACAACGCGUGGCUCUUGGCCGGGGUGGUGAGCUGGGGCGUGGAAUGCGCACGCCCCAACCGCCCGGGGGUCUACAUCCUGCUGCCCCCCUACGCCGACUGGAUCCAGGGCUACGUCCCCACCAUACCCUUCACCGUGCCUGGCAUGUCCGUCAUGCAGCCCAACA